AUGAAGAAGGUUUCCAUGAAGAAGGUCAAGUCCAAGGUUGCCAUGAGCAAGACUCCAGCUCCAGCUGGCCUGGGCAACUUCAAGAUACGAAUCGGGAUCAUCCACGGCAAGGUUUUCGACCCGAUCAAAGUCGGCACGCAUGAUCGGAACUAUCCAGAGCAUCUCAAGAUCAAGAACAACACUGGGCCCAACGCUGACGGCUGGGGCGGACAGUUCAUGGCCGACGUGUCGACAGGUCUGAAGAUCAUGCGGCUGCACCCGGAUAUCUUUCAUGUGGACUUCAUGACCAUGGAACAGGUCACGGAGAAGCGCCUCUCCAGAAACCAUCUCACCUUUAAUUUCUGGGGUGACAUGAGCAUCGCCCUGAUGAACGAGAAGCCGAAGCUAGCGAAGAGGCUGCAAAAGAUUCAGAUGAAUCCGAACUUCCGACAUCAUCCGGUGUGGGACUACUACGAGUGGAUUCUGCACAAGUCGCGCUACAUGAAGGCUUGCGAGCGAGCAGGCAUCCCAAUGAUUGACACUAUUCACCUGGAAAAGGGCUUCAAUGCAAGAGAUGUCCUCAAGAAGAUUGUUGCGAAAGGAUGGGACAAGUUCUUCGUCAAGCCGGCCUACAUGAGUUUCUUUGGGGCCGGUGUAAUCAACGGAAAAACUCAAGACUUCAUAGACAACAUAGAGCCGCUCCUCCAAUACGAGGCUGAGAACAAGCAUCAGAAGGAGUUUCUGGUGCAGCCAUACAUGUUGAAGCCCAACGGUGAGGUUUUUGACGAGAUCCGAAACUUCUUCUGUGACGGGGAGUGGGCCUAUUCUGUCUACACUGACGGAGUGGACUAUGAAGGCUUCUGGGAGCAGCCCGAGGGAAAGCUCAAGGAGGCUUGCAAGAAGCUGGCCAUCCAAACAAUGGAAGAGGUGAAGAAAGUUCAUAAGUGGGAGGGCAAGCGUAUCAAUUCCUUGCUCAAUCGCAUCGACAUCGGCAUCAUUCCUGACAAGUCCAGGAAGCUUGGAUAUCGUAUCUUCGUGAAUGAGAUCGAACCGCAAAUGACGACUUGGCUGGGUAGAUACUGCCCAUUUGUGAUCCAAGACCGUAUGGCUGAAGUGUGCGUCAAGCAAGCUCACGAGAUGUUGAAGAGAAGUCUGGCCGCGAAGCGCAAGAUGCCAUCUCCUCAGAAGGUUCGUCAGCUUCUUGACGUGCUGGAUGCUUGGGUGUUCUUGGCCACCGCUGCAGUGCAGGGCAGGACGGGGAGGGAGCCUAGCCUGGGCAGUCUGUGCUGGGGAGACGCAUCGAGACCGAUGCCCAGGCACUGGAAUUCACCCGACUCUUUGCAAGCCUGGGCCUGCGACGACGAUGCAGGGACUCAAAAGCUUCCUCGGGCACCUUCGGCUGGCAACCGCGACUACUCGAGGGGCAAGCUUGUACAUGGCCUGGCAUCCUCCACGGCCUCCAUCAACAAGAAGGCGGAAAGGCUCGAGGUGUUGGAAGACACCGAUCUCCUUCCGCCUCCAAUGUCACCGGUGUCCAGAGCGAAGGCCGAGCGGCGCUCCUCCGUGGCGGGCCGUCGUCAGUCCGUGGGCUUCGGCUUCCAGGACAUCAUGAGCCCAAGCGACGCGAUGAAAGCUUUCGACAUGGUGGAGUCCACGCUUCAGGAGCUUAAGAAGACCUUCCGGGCGGACGAUGUGGGUGAGGAGCGUGCUGACGACAGUGAAGAGAAGCGUGCCGAGGAACGCCGGAAGCGCGAGCAGGAGGCCAAAAAAGCUCGUGAGAAAGCCCAGAACACGAAGGAUCCAAGGCCGGGGUUGCGAGCUGCUGCUAGCUCGGCAUGGCUUCUCUCUUUGCCACGUUCCGCAAGCCGGGGAUGA